UCUACCUAAAGGAAUUUUUUUUCUAAGUUUGAGGAAAUAAUUCAAAGCUCAGAGAAAGAGUUUUACCUUGCUUUUGGCAAUUCUGUGAAAUCCUUGCGUGGAAAUGGAUGUAUAAAGCAGCAUUCCUGAGAAGGAGAGAGUAGAGUAAAACUAGAUUACAUUAGAGGCAGAAAUUAGUAAAAGAAAAAGUGUGGGGAUAAAACCCUGAAGAGGACUUAAAGCUAUAGCUGUUUAAACUCAGGUAUGUGAUAGCUCCAAGUAUAUCUGAGGUUUCAGACUGUGAAUUCAAGUCAGUUACUUUAAACCUAUUGAGGUGUUGAGGAAAGGAAACCUGAUAUGAGUACUGUACAAUAUUUGCUGUUGGGUACUAUACAAGGGAUUUUCAUUCUAAGCUUAUAAUUGAACUUUGCAUAGUUUAGGUAUUCAGGCCCAGUUAAAGGUAGUUCCACAGCAGACUACUACAGUGAAAUGUUCAAGGUAUAAUACAAUUAUAAAUGAAGAUACCACCACAUACAUUAGAUGUAGAUUAAGAUGGAGGGUAAGAUAUUGGGAGAUACAGUAAUAUUUAAAAUAAAUAAAAGUAUGAAUGAAGUGUAAUGAAGCAUGUGGAAUCAAAAUGUGGGAAACCAGAAAGGAGGAGACAAAAAAAUGUUGGCUGUAUACUAUAAAAAGCAAAGGUCAAGAGUGGCAAGCUGCAGAAGAGAAUGUGGGAGUGUAGAUCUCUCCUCCAUCAAUUAAAGCUGGCUAUAACAUAUAAAAUCUGCUUGUUAUUGUUCUCACACUCUCUCUAACCCUCUCCCUCCUCUUGUCCUGACCAGCUGUCCAAGUAAAAGACUGUAGUGCUUUUCUAGCUUCCACCAUUUGAAAUGGCGCCGAUUUAAACCAGAACAAGGUCCUGUAAUAACACUGAUCGCAAUUACUCAGGGAGUAACUGUCAGAGAACUGUGUUCUGGAUAAACAGGAAAAUGCUCUGGUUAAAAAAAAUCUGAAAUCGUUAUGCAAUAAUUGCUGAAAUUGGAUAGCCCAGUGAGGCUAAGUAAAUUGUUCUAUUUGGAAUGAUUAAAUGGAAGUAAAACAAACUGAAGUGAUCUUUUUAAAUAAAGAAAGUUACAUAAUAUGCCUGGAAUUAUUACAACAUAGUUGUAGUUCUAAAAAGCGAACAUUCUUUAACUCUUUUCCAACAUUAAAUGACAUUAUAUUUUUUCAUUCAGAAUUAAUUGGAGGGUACAGAUAAGAUAUUCUUUAACUGCUUUAUCGUUUGGCAAAUUUUAAGUUUACACAUUCAAAUCAUAAAAUAUUAAUUCUAAACAAAUGCAGUCAUGAUUUCACUCCACGGAUACAAUGGAUGAAGAUCAUUCAAAACCCAAACUGAGUUGAAUUUAGUGAGUUGCAAGGUCCACUUCAUGUUUAAUUUAAACAGAGCAGUAGCUGGAUAAGAGCCAGCUUUGCUACUGUGUGAGGUUCCACAUGACUGUCUGGCCUUUACUUGGAGAAAUUUAGCAGCCUCAAUGAUCAUUUACAGGCCUCUCAUGAAGUAUGGUGAAGUCAGUGAGUGAUUAAUACUGAUUCUGUGGUGAGAUUCCUGAGGGAAGAUGGAAGGUGUUUUGAAUAAACCAGGUCUUUUGCUUUAGCAGUUUGUAGAAAUGGUUGUGUUGUUCAGCUGAAUAGAGUGGAUCCCUAACAAUUCAGAGUAGACACUGCCUUCUUAUGCCAGGGUCUUCCCAGCUCUUGGUGAGUUCAGUGUAAGGUACUGCAUCCCCAACAUCAUUACAAUAAGUUACAAUAAACAAACUGUUUAGGCUGGGCCAUCCAACUUAAUUCAACACAUAAUUGCAUUCCAUCUCACACUGACAGCAUAACCACCUAUCUUUUUUCUUCCUUACAUGCUUAUGCAGUUUUCCCUGAAAUGCAUCUAUUCUAGUUGCUUCAACUACUCCUUGUGGUUAUGAAUUCCACAUUCUAACCACUGUCUGAGUAAAGACGUUUCUCCUGAAUUGACUAUAAAUAUAUUAAUGUCCAUCUUAUAUAGCCUCAAGAAUAUGGACCUCAUCGAGUGGAAACAUCUUCGCGACAUCUCUUCUGUCAAAACCCAUUCUAUUUUAAAGACUUCCAUUCAGAUCACCCCAUUAGCCUUUAGUUUCUUCUUUGCUUGAGAAAAUAGUAUGUUUAUUCUUUUCUGAAAUUAAUAACGGCUCAAUUCUGGCAACAUCUUUCCCCAUAGUUUUGUUCUGUUUUGUGUUACUAAUCGGGAAAUCAUAACUGCAUUGCACUAUAAAACCUUCAACACUGUUGCAUAAGGUAAUGGUUCUAGAAGGAUUAAGCUCCACAAAAUUUGAUGGUGAAUUUAAGGACUUGGGUGAGAAAGGACACAAUAGCUCUGGACCUCAAAGGACAUAGAACUAUGAUCGAUGUCUCUUUGUAGUCUUUAUGGCAAUGUAACUUGCAUUUGAUUACUAACAUGUAAUAAAUUAUAAUUAGAUACAGACAAGAGUCUUUUCCUCAUUAGACUACGACCAAACCAGACAAAGCAGUUCCAGUACCUAUCAACCUAAAACGAGAAUUACGGUGGCAAAUCUACUUUAUAGUGGCUUAGAGUCUAGCUAUGGUUGUCUAAUGAUUUAGUUUAUUCACACCAUUACAAUAUGAUAGAUAGUGCUAUGUGUUGGAAUUGGAUUUAGCUGUACAGCAUUCAUUCUAGCAAGUAUAGAAGAAUAGAGUUUCCAUUUUAAGAGUGACAAGGGCAGACAGUUAACAACGGACGGCGCUAAUCAGUCAAACGGACUACUGCAGAAGCAAAUUUCAAAUCAGGGAAAAUCUACAGUCAAGCAUUUCAGACCAGGGAAGAUCUGUUCCCAUAGGACAUGGACUGAAAGAUCAGGAAAUGUGCCUGGAUGAGCAUUACUAAUGAUAUUGUGCUAAUGGGCAAAAUCAAAGAACACCAUGAUGGGAACCUUAACUCUCAGAUGACAGUAGUUCUCCAAGGAUUAUUGCUUGUUUUCAACAGCAAUAAAGUCCCAGGUGAAUGGAAAUAGAUCAACAUUUGGACAUCUACAUAUUCAGUCUUUGGCAAAGUCAAAGAUUCAGAUAAAUACCGCCACCACACGACAAAGAAGGCCUACAGAAAUGUCUUGGACAAGAGAAUAUACCCAAAUGACAACAGUGUGAUGCAACACUAGGACACCAAUCAACAUACUGAUGUCUGCAGGACAAGAAAAGCAGAGGACAAGAUCCACACUUCAAGACAGAACAACAGAGUGCAUAUGGAGAAAAUACUUCCUGUUUCCUCUGGGUGCUCCGGUUUCCUCCCAUAAUCCAAAAAUAUGCAGAUUAGGUGGAUUGGCCAUGCUAAAUUGUUCUUAGUGUUCAGGGAUGUGUAGGUUAGGUGCAUUCAUCAGGGGAAAUAUAGAGUAAUAGCGGUAGGAGAAUGGUUCUGGAUGGUGUACUGUUCGGAGAGUCAGUGUGGACUUGUUGGGCCAAAUGGCCUGUUUCCACACUGUAGGGUUUCAAUCAUUCUAUGAUGAAAUGUUGACAUGGACAAGUUAGGCUGAAUGGCCUGUUUUCAGUGCCAUUUAUCCCAUGCAAUGUUACUUAAAUUUAUUUAUUUAUCAGCCAUGCUUAUUAUCUGUUCUCCAGGUGGACUUAGCAUGAACAUUAAGAACUUUGGGGGAUUUUUUUCCACAUCGACAACAUUAUACAAUGGCCUUGUUGGCAUGCCUGCAACUGGGGUCUGCCUACAGACUGGCCUGUUACUUUGCAAACUGGGCCCAGUACAGACCAGGAAUAGCAAAGUAUACCCCAGAUGAUGUGGACCCUUGCAUGUGCACUCACCUGAUCUAUGCUUUUGCUGUUAUAAACAACAAUAAAAUUGUUACCUUCGAAUGGAAUGAUGUGACUCUCUAUAAAUCAUUUAAUGCUUUGAAAACCAGGAAUGCAAACCUUAAAACUCUUCUCUCUGUUGGAGGCUGGAACUUUGGAACUCAAAAAUUCAGUGCUAUGGUUUCCACAGCUGCAAAUCGGCAAACAUUCAUAAAAUCAGCCAUUAGCUUCCUACGUAAGUAUGGGUUUGAUGGUUUGGACAUAGACUGGGAGUAUCCUGGGUCAAGAGGAAGCCCAGCUCAAGACAAGCAUCUCUUCACAGUCUUAACACAGGAACUGCUAGCAGCCUUUGAAGCAGAAGGGAAAAGUACUGGGAGACCACGAUUGUUAAUUUCAGCUGCAGUGGCAGCUGGAAGAUCUACGAUUGAAGCUGCCUAUGAGAUUCCUCAGCUGGGACAAACUCUAGACUUUUUCAAUGUGAUGACGUAUGAUUUCUAUGGAUCUUGGAAUAGCUUCACUGGAGAAAAUAGUCCUCUUUAUGCUCUCCCUUCUGCUCAAGGCAAUAACAAAUACUUUAACAUGGCCUAUACCAUUAAAUACUGGAAGGAUAUUGGAGCUCCCGCAGAGAAACUGAAUGUUGGAUUCCCAGCUUAUGGCCACUCAUUCAGACUGAGCACAUCCAGCACUGCUGUCGGUGCCCCAGCCAGUGGUGCUGGACCGGCUGGGUAUUAUACACAACAAUCCGGUUUUCUGGCUUAUUUUGAGAUCUGCCUCUUCUUAAAAGGUGCUACGGAAAAAUGGGAUUCUCCACAGAUGGUUCCUUAUGCCUAUAAAGGAAAUGAAUGGGUUGGAUAUGACAACCCACAAAGCUAUGAAGACAAGAUCAAAUGGCUGAAGGAAAACAAAAUUGGAGGAGCUAUGGUAUGGACUCUUUCUCUGGAUGACUUCAGUGGCACUUUCUGCCACCAGGGACGUUAUCCUCUCAUCAGUAAAUUACACAGUGGUCUUGGAAUAAAUCCAGAAUGUGUGGCUUCUCCUCUUCCCAGCACUGCUGCUCCUCCUAAUCCCAACACUAAUGCUCCUUCUGGGGGUAACUCACAAUUUUGCUCUGGCAAAUCCAAUGGUUUCUACCCUGAUAAACAGAAUAAGAACAUCUACUAUCGAUGCGUUAAUGGAGUCACCUACGUGAAUGAAUGUGCUACUGGAUUAGUCUUUGAUCCCUCCUGUGAUUGUUGCAACUGGCCUUGAAAUAAAGCAGCCUGAAUAGAUUUGCAGUAAUGGAUCUCUAGCUGACCUGCAGUUUGAUCUAUGGAAAUAUCACCACUUGCUGGAGCAAAUUUACAACAACCAUCAAUGUACUGGCUCAAAUAAUUUUGUUAUGUGAACAUAAUAAUUGAAAAUGAUAAAUAAAAUAAC